GGGCGCCGCCGCCGCCGCCGCCGCUCCCGUCGGCCUGUGCCUCCCGCCGCCGCCGGGCGUCGGAGCGAGCCCGCCCCGGGCCACGCGCGCUGCCAUGGUCAGCGAGGCGGGUGCCGAGCAGGGCGUCACGGCUCCCCUCCCUUCUCCGGCCUCGCCCGCGGCGCUGGGUAACGGCGAGAGAAGCGAGAGAGGGAAUAUAUGAAGGAGGAGGUGGAGGAGUGUGCUGAAGAUGAGGCGACUGAAUCGGAAGAAGACCUUGAAUUUGAUGAAAGAAUUGGAUGCCUUUCCAAAGGUUCCUGAAAGCUAUGUGGAGACUUCAGCGAGCGGAGGCACAGUUUCUCUGAUAGCAUUUACAACGAUAGCUUUCCUGACUAUAAUGGAGUUCAUGGUGUAUCGGGACACAUGGAUGAAAUACGAAUAUGAAGUAGACAAGGAUUUUACUAGUAAAUUAAGAAUCAAUAUUGAUAUUACAGUUGCCAUGAGGUGUCAAUAUGUGGGGGCUGAUGUUCUGGAUUUAGCAGAAACAAUGGUUGCCUCUGCAGAUGGGCUAAUCUAUGAACCAGUAGUAUUUGAUCUCAGCCCACAACAGAAAGAAUGGCAAAGGAUGCUGCAGCUAAUUCAGAGUAGGCUACAGGAAGAGCACUCUCUUCAAGAUGUGAUAUUCAAAAGUGCUUUUAAAAGUGCUUCUACAGCACUGCCACCUCGGGAAGAUAAUUCAUUACAGUCUCCAGAUGCAUGCAGAAUUCAUGGUCAUCUCUAUGUCAAUAAAGUGGCAGGGAAUUUUCACAUAACUGUGGGCAAGGCAAUUCCACACCCUCGAGGCCAUGCACACUUGGCAGCCCUUGUAAGCCACGAGUCCUAUAACUUCUCUCACAGAAUAGAUCAUUUGUCAUUUGGAGAGCUUAUUCCAGGAAUUAUUAAUCCUUUGGAUGGAACAGAAAAAAUAGCAUCAGAUCACAACCAGAUGUUCCAGUAUUUUAUCACAGUUGUGCCAACCAAACUCCAUACGUAUAAAAUUUCAGCAGAAACUCAUCAAUUUUCAGUGACAGAAAGGGAAAGAAUAAUUAACCAUGCAGCUGGCAGCCAUGGAGUGUCAGGAAUAUUCAUGAAAUAUGAUAUCAGUUCACUUAUGGUGACGGUAACAGAAGAACACAUGCCUUUUUGGCAGUUCUUAGUGAGGCUCUGUGGCAUUAUUGGGGGAAUUUUUUCAACUACAGGAAUUUUACAUGGCUUUGGAAGAUUUGUAGCAGAAGUUAUUUUUUGCCGUUUCAGACUGGGCUCUUACAAGUCCACAUCGGUCCCACUUCCUGAUGGCCACACAAGCAACCACUUACCUCUAAUUACAGACAAUAGUACGCAUUAGCCUCCUGAGAAAACUUUCUUCCUGCCUGAUACAGAAGACAUUUUUUUAUAAUAAAGAAAACAUUGUGCAAUAUGCUGAGACAGUGCUGAAGGGCAGCAAAAAAUGAAGCCUUUACAAAAAAAAAAACCCCCAACAAAACAAUUUGUGUAAUUUUUUUGUCUAAAUGCACAUGGAGUCAUAGAAGGUUGUGAGACCAGUGAGGUGGACCAUCUUCUGGAGAUUAGAGGAGCGUUGCUGCCAAUACAGUAUUCAUGGUCGAGCUGAGCGUCUUUGUGAUGGCUGCCAUUGACCGCUGAAGCAUCUUAGUGAUCUUGGUUCUGUGCCUGGGAAGGCUAGCAGACUCCAAGGAGAAAAGAGUACAAGUGGGAUCUGUGGAAGGGCCGGGCAGCAGGCAAAGAGGGAUGGUAAUAGAGCUGGGGUUUCUUUUAGGCGUACGAACUGGGGUUUGGGUUUUCUUGUUCUUUUGUAGUGGUGGGGCCGGGGGCUAAGAUGCUAUUAGAGGUGGGGAGCAAUCCUAGAAAAUCCUGAAGAAGAGGGAGAGGAGAGAGAACUCAGGGAGUAAGGUGGAGCCCAAGCCAUAAUGUUGGUCAUAGCCGCUGCCUUUCUGUAGUCCCACCAUUCCUUAGUGGAAGAAACAUAAUGCAGAGCAGAGGAGUUCCCCUGUGUUUUCACACAGCUGCUGUACCAACAGUGAGAAUAUUGCUUCUGGUGUUGAUGUGGAAGUGCCCAAGGACUCUGAGAAAGGGCUCCAGUGUGCACAGUUUUUUGACUUUGAAUAAAAAGCCUUUUAAAUAAGGCGUUUGACUGUAGUUUUGAUAAAAGGCAAGAGUCCCUAGUGAAAGAUCAGGAGAUCUUUGUAUGCCUCUUUCUUGGCAAAGAAAUUACUUUGAUGGAACAUUCAUUGUACCCCUGCUGCUAGUAUGUAAGCCAUGGUGUGUAAAUCCUGGAGAUGGGGAGGAAAAAGAGCAGGAAGCUGCCUUGCUUUGGUUCAGCUAAAUACUGCAGAAAUGUGGAAUUCAGGGCAGUUGGGAGGUCUGCUAGCCCAGGCAGGGAGCGGUGUAGUUGGUAGUAGGUGACUUCAGGGAAUCUGAAUCAUUUUGCUGCAGACAGAUGAUGAGGAGGGAUCUGCAGAAUUAAUCCUUAUUGUUCGUGAAGGUUUUGUAAAAUAAAUGAAGAGAGCAAUAUCAGUUUUAUAUUGUAAAUAUGCUACUGAGAAUGAAUGUUAUUAAUGCAGAUGGUGCUUUGAGAAACUAAAUAUCCUCUUACUGCUGAACUACUGGCAUAGACCUGUGGUUAAACAGUUACUCCACCAGGGUAAAAAAUUAAUAAUAUGAUUCCUUCUCAGCAAAACUGAUUUAAUAAUAUAUUAGGAGAUGAUGCUGACCCUGGCCUUACUCACCAUGGAAUGAAUAUUUUAAUUGAGAGGACUAAUUAUGGAAAAUAAAAAUCUUUGUGAUGUUGUCAGAUUUUGCUGACUUCUGUUAAUGUACUUUACAGGACACUUAGAUCUUGGUGAUGAGCACAGUGUAAAUAAUGUAGCUGAUUUGCUAUGCAAAGCAAAGGGCUUUCUAAACUGAGAAAUUAUAUGAAAUAGUAAAUAAAAUGUGGGAAAUGAGGAAAGACCUUUGUUCAGUUCGACUGUUGAGAAAGACAGAAGUUGAAGGAAGCCGGGUCCUUGGGGUUGGCAGUCAGAUUUGCAGUUUUCUCUUUUGUGUUUUUUUUUAAACACUGAUUAAAAAUCCAGCAACUUGAGAAGCUCUUGUCCUUGGUGAGCAAGAAAAUCAAAAGCUGUAAAGUUUUGGUUCCUAUUUCUCUUUGGCAUUUGCCUCUGAGGUUUCUUCCCUACUUCUGCUUGGACUGGUUCUGCUUUGGGCUUCGUCGUAACACUUGUUUCUUACCUACGUGGAACAGACUGUACUGGUGGGAGAUACUGAUCUCAGUUGACUUUCUGUACCAGAACUUAAAUGAUAUUUUCUAUUCUCACAUAAAAGAGCCAAGUGGCUUGGUGUGUCUUAAA